AGGGACUCAGAGGCGGUGUUGAGAGUGGAGCCGGUCUCCUCCGCAGGACUCUCUCAGGACUGGGGCUUUUCGGAAGGCGAGGCCACUACGCUGGGACUUAUAGGAGAGACACGACCAUUCGGGAUUGCUGGAAACUCUCCAUGAGAGGACACUGGGUGUUGUAAGCGGCACAGAGGACAGAAGCCACAGCCCUCACCAAGGACGAGGGACAAGCUCUCUGCCCUCCGUGAAGGAGCGCGGUGCUCUGUAUUUGUCACAGGCGGCAGCAGCAGCUGGUACUCGCCCCGGUGGCCUGACCGAACGGAAUUUCAUUCACAAGAUCCAUUUUAAUUCUCUUGAUAACCAGAAAGCAAAUAAAGAUGGCGGAGGCUCAGACUGGAAAGCCGCCUAAAGCAAACCCCAAGAAGGCCGACAAUGACUUGCCUCCGCCCCCUCCUCCUCCCCCCCAGGAGUCUGCCUCAGCUCCAGCUCCAGCCCCUGAGAAUCAGGACCCCAGCCCACUGCCCCUGCCUCCUCCCAAGGAAUCCUUCUCCAAAUUCUACCAGCAGCGUCAAGUGAAUGAGUUGAAGCGACUCUACCGUCACAUGCAUCCUGAACUAAGAAAGAAUUUGGAAGAGGCCGUGACAGAGGAUCUGGCAGAGAUGCUGAGCACCGAUGAACCUAGUGCACAGACCUCAGCAACCCAAGAUGCUGUGCUUCCAGGGGAAGUUCAAUCCAUGCGUUGGAUCUUUGAGAACUGGACGCUGGACUCCAUUGGAGAACGCCAAGCUGCCAAGAAGCUUGCGGAGGAGGAAGCUAUUCCAAGUGGUGAUGUGAAAAAUAGAUCCAUGAAGUUUGAGAGCCAGCAGACCAAUGGAGAUGGGUUGAUCCCCUCAGCCAAGACGUCUGAGAAAGAACACACCAAAGGGGACGUACAUACGGCUCGGUGGUUGUUUGAAACCCAGCCGUUAGACUCGUUGAACAAAAUGUAUUUGAAUGAGACAGAUUUGCAAGAGGCAGUCCUCAAAGAGCCUGUGCAAAAAGGGGACGUGAAAGGGGCCACCCAGCUGUUCGAAACCCACUCCUUAGAUACCUUGGGCCGCUGCAGUUCAGUGGAGGAGCAAAGUAUCCUGCAACUCAAGUCAGAAAUUCAAGAGCUGAAAGGCGACGUCAGGAAAACCAUCAAGCUCUUCCAAACCGAGCCCCUCUGUGCCAUCAGAGACAAAAUGGGACACAUCCAUGAGAUCAAAUCAGUUUGCAGAGAAGAAAUCCAGAGCCAUGCGGUGAAGACAGCCCGCUGGCUCUUUGAGACCCAGCCCCUGGACAUGAUCAACAAGGACCCGUCCAAAGUGCAGGUCAUUCGGGGGAUAUCACUAGAGGAGGCGGCAAAGGGGAAUGUCAGCGGAGCAAGAUGGAUGUUUGAAACUCAGCCCCUUGAUGCCAUCAAAGAACUUACGAUGGAGGAAGCAGACUUCCAGGCUUCCCCGGAUCUUAUCCAGGGGGCUGAUGUCAGCAAGCAGUGCCUGCUUUUUGAGACUCAGCCUCUGGAUUCACUCAAAGGAGAUGCUUCUGACAGCGUCCCCGCCAAAGAAGAGGUGGUCAAAGGGGAUGUAAGAUCAACCCUCUGGUUGUUUGAAACCCAGCCGAUGGAAACACUGAAGGACAAUUUUGAAGUUGGCCAGUUAAAGAAAGUAGAACUUUUAGAAGAGGAAAAAGGAGCCGUGAAGCAAAGGAAGCAUGUUUUUGAGACCUGUCCUCUAGGCAGCAUCUCCAAGUCACCCACUGAAGACUUCACAGGCACCAGCAUACAAGAAGUGGAGAAAGGCGAUGUCAAAGCCUUCAAAAGCCUCUUUGAGACACUCCCUCUAGACAGCAUUAGGCAGGUAAGCACUGAAGCAGUUGUCCAAGAAGGGGAGGCAAUACUCCAUGGGAACGUCAAAGCCAAUCAGUUCCUGUUCGAGACAACGCCGUUGUAUGCCAUCAAAGAUUCUUUGGGCAAUUUCCACAAAGUCACUUCCGUGAGCCGAGAAGAGGAAGUGACUGGAGGAGAUGUGAAGAACUACAAAUGGAUGUUUGAAACCAAGCCUUUGGAUCAGUUUGAUGAGAGUAUCCAAAAAGUGGAUAUCAUCAAGGGGAUCACCAAGCAGGAGGUGGUGGCUGGGGAUGUUACAACAGCCAAGUGGCUCUUUGAGACACAACCCAUUGAUGUCAUUCACAACCAAAUGAACCCAACAGAGCAGAAUGCCUCAGAGAAAGGAGAGGUUUCCCAAGGGGGGGACGUCAAGACCUGCAGGUGGUUGUUUGAGACCCAUCCAGUUGAUGCCCUCUACAACAAGGAGGAGAAGAAGCAGGAGAGAGAAGAGCCUCUGCCACAAGGUGAUGUUAAGUCAUGCACUUGGCUGUUUGAAACACAGCCUCUGGACUCUCUGAAAGGCCAAGAGGAGCAAUAUCUGCAGGUCAGCAAAGCCUACUGCCAAGAUGACUUGCAAGGGGUUGAUGUGAAAACUGUCAAGCACCUGUUUGAGAUGGAGCCCCUAACCAAUAAUGCUGCCAGUGACAUUAAUUCAAAGAAAAUUAUCAGAUACUCCAGCCGUGUAGAGAUACAAUCUGGAGAAGUGUCCCGGGUGAAGGAAUUUUUUGAAACCAAGCCCUUGGAUUCAGCAGGUAAAUCAAACACGGCCACAAAAGCAAUAGAUAUCCCGGCAGAUGGGAACAUUGAACCAGGCGCCGUGCACAAGUUUACAUGGCUCUUUGAGAACUGCCCCAUGGACACUUUGAAGAACAGCAUGGAAGGUAUUCAAGAGAUGCCCCCAGAGAAGGACAUUCAAGGUGGAGAUGUCGGAGGCAAGAGGUUCGUUUUUGAAACCUACUCCCUCGACCAGAUCCAUGACAAAGAGAACGAGGUGCAAAUAAUGAAGAUCCAGGAAGAGACGAUGAGCAAAGCCAACGUCAAAUCUUGCACCAUGCUCUUUGAAACUCAGCCUCUCUACGCCAUCCAGGACAAAGAUGGAGGAUACCAUGAAGUCACAUCUGUGAAGAAGGAAGAAAUCAUGAAAGGUGAUGUCAAAGGUGCCCGAUGGCAGUUUGAGACCAAACCUUUGGAUCAGAUCAACAAAGGUGAAGAGGUGUUUGUGAUCAGAGCUGUUACCCAAGAGGAUUUUAAGAAGGGUGAUGUCCAGGCGGCCAGGUGGAAGUUCGAAACAGAGCCUCUGGAUUCCAUAGCUGAAGAAAAGAGGCCUGUUUUGAGGAGCGUCGAUGAUGUGCAGAAGGGAGAUGUCCAGUCUAACAAGCAACUCUUUGAGUCAGAACAAUUCAGUCAGAAAAAGUAUGUGAGAAUGGUCAGUGUCAGUGAUGUCCAGCAAGGAGAUGUAAGGACAUCCACUUGGCUUUUUGAGAACCAGCCAAUUGACACUCUGAAAGGAGAGCCUGAAAGCACCACCAGCCUGACCACUGUGCAGAGAGAAGACCUCCAUAAAGGAGAUGUGAAACGCUGCACCUGGCUGUUUGAGACUCAACCCAUGGACAGUCUCAAAGACACUGAAGGGCCUGCCAGUUCUGGACCCACAGAGGUAGUUCCUCAGGCCAAUGUCAAGAGCACUACAUGGUUGUUUGAGAGCACUCCGCUGGAUAAAUUCAGCACUUCUGAACACUACGCAGAAAUUGAAGGAAAGGAGAGAACCAUAAGAGACAACCUAGAAGUUCUCUUUUCCUCUCAAGUGCUCCAACAUGAUGGUAUCCUUAUUGAAGCCAAUGACACUGAGAGUGUCACGAUGGCAAAAUAUCAGCUGGGCAGUCAAGGAGCCCCAGAAAUCCAGAAGGAAGAUGUCAUAGGAGGCAAUUUGCAAAGAAUCUUGUUGCGGCUACUUCAGAGUACCAAUGUGGAGGCCCAGGGAGUGUUGGUGGAGGAGGAAGAGAACGGGAAUCUCAAAAUCAACCCAGUGCAGCUGCUAGAUCCAUGCAAAGUUGAGAAAAGCAAAGAGGACUUGAGGGUUGAUGUGGCCAAAGCUCUCCAAGGACUUCUUGGUCAGGAUAGCUCAGCCAAGAAAGGAAUCAUUAUGCAAGAGACGGAGACCGGGUCAGUGAGGAUGACGAUCUAUUCUCUCUUACACUGCAUUGCCCAACAUCAAGAAUGUGCCAAGGGUGAUGUAAAGUCUACAAUUGGGAAUCUGCUGGCAUCUUCACAAGAGCAAAGGGCAGCCACAACCAUCAGACGAGAGGACAACGAGCGAGGAAAUGUUCAGUUGUAUACCAGCUGCAUUGAGAAGGGAGAUCUCGACUACCUAAAGAACCUCCAAAGGGAGUCAGAGAUAGAAUCCCUCGUUUCCUCUCAAGCCAAAGAGGAGGCAUCAAAAACUGUGGAAGAGGUCCAGGUGCCUGCCCAGUUGCAUGAGGGAACAGAAGGGACGGCAGAUGUGGUGUUAGGGGACUGCAAUGGGGCUAAGCAGAUAUUCACGUGCAAGAACAAAGAAGGUGCUUUAGAAAGGGAGGCAGUGCAUGCAAGUGACCUAGGCUCUCCCACCCAUUGUCGUGUGCAACCCCCAGUGAUAGCAAGCGAAAAGGUCUUUGCUGGGAAGGUUCAGCCACCCAUCCAAUCAGUACAAAAGGGCUGUUCCCCAGGAAGGGAAGCCAGCCAGACAGCUGCAGAGCCAACAACACAGACUUCCGGGAGUGAUCUUCAAGUAGCCAUGCAAAGCUUACGGCUUGCCACAGCAGAGGCAAAGAGCCUCCAGCACCAAGUCCAAAGCAAGAUGCAGAAGACUUCUGGAGACGUUUGUCUCACCACCAAGCAGUCUCAGGCAGGCAGCCUGCAAGCAACAGCCCACAAGGAGGGCUGCGUAACAGUCAAGCAGCAGCAGCAGCAGCAGCAGGCCAGCAAUGUCACCCUCAUCCGAGUGCAGGAAACACCCAAGUGCCAUGCCAACGUGUCUCCGGAGAGCACGGCAUCACACGGACAGGUCAGUGCUUCUGUGGAAGGCCAGAGCGGUACACUGCCCUGUGCAGCCUGCCACAUCGACCAAGUUGGGCCUAGUGCAGACCGUAGUAUUAAGGACGGCCUUUACACUGCCACGCCAGUGAAAUCCUAUGUAAAUCCAUUCCUUGAGUCCGAUUUCAAAGAGCACUCCGUUCCAGAAGAACGAGAGCCAGAUGUCAUAAUCAGAGGGGAUGUAAAGACAGCUCUCAGAGCCCUGCAGAGCGCUGCCACAGAACAGCGGCCAAUAGAAAGAGAGGAUGUGGUCCGUGGCAACUUAAAGGCCACACUUGAGUCCCUGGAGAAAUCUAACAUUAAUGUCUCCAAAGGAGAUUUUAAAGCAGCUAUGAUAUACAGGAAUGCAGGACAGUCCUAUGCCCUUUGUAAAAAGAAAAAUGAGGUACAGGCUGUUAGUAACCAGGAAACAGUAGUGGCUUCAGGCUCACAUGCGGCUAAUGACUUUCCUCCUCCUCCUCCAGCUUCAGUGAUGAGAAGUGAGUGCCACUCACCUGCAACCAAACUGGGAGAAGCAGAAACUCUAGGGUGUCCCCCACCCAUGCAACCAACUUUUCCUAAGACCCUCCCUCCUGCCUCUGCCAAACCAAGUGAUCAGAGGUCCGUAGAGAAGCCACAACUUCCCCCCAAGCCAGAGAUUCCUAUCCCGCCAAGGAAGAAACCUGUUCCACCUCCAAAACCAGAGUUCCUUUUACAGGAAGCACUUUCUCACCCUGCUGGCAUCAACAAAAGCCGAUCGGGAAAGGCCGUCUCCCCACCUUCCCCACCCAAACCUCCAGGCGUGAGUGAACAGAAUAAACCAAAUAAAUUACCCAUGAACCAAGCAAAGGCCUCUUGUGGGGUCAAGGCCUGGGAGCAAUCCACAUACCGACAGGAUUCAACAAGCUGCCCGGCAUCUCCGUCGUCAGCUGCCGAGGACGUGAAUUCUGGGGGAAAGGCAACACAAGAUGCUGUCAAGACGCCUCUGCAAGUAGCAGAAGAAACAUGGAAGGCAAGGAAGGAAGAGCAGAGCAAGCGAGAAGUGGCUAUUCACAAGCCAGCUUCAUCAGGGACAAUGAAAAAUGGGCUGGUUGGCCAAGGGGACUGCUCUCCAGCUAAAGAACUGGAAGGAUUCCUAGAGUCGUGCCAUCAAGAAAAGAGGUGUGCAUUGCCUACUGGACAAGACUUGUCUCUGGGAUGCCAAGCAGGUCUCGAUAACCUAGAAGGUCAGAGGAAGCCAUAUCUCUCUGCAAAGUGUCAUGCCAAUAUUCUGAGGAAGGGAACCGUCACAUCAUUGAAAGGAGAAAGCACCAGCACACCUGGAACCUCAGGUUCAAGGGAUAGCCACCAGCAAACAAGUCCAACAGUGCAAGCUGAGGCCUCAGGAUCUGCCGUUUCAGCACCUCCAUCUCUACAACCACAGCAGUUCUUUAAGGGGCAUCAGUUUGUGAAUAGCAGGGGGCUCGGGGAGUCAGAAAUGAGGACCAAGCCUCACCCAGAGAAGGAAAAGCCAGCCGUGGUCAUGAGGGGGAAAGCGAGCAGAGAAACGGAAGAUGAGCGUCUCAAGAGACUGUCUGUCCACAAGGAGGAGAUCAUGAAAGGCAACGUCAAGGAGGCCUUGGAGAUAUUUGAGAACCUGAGAAGGCAAGAGGAGCUGCAGGAAAUUCUAACCCGAGUGAAGGAGUUUGAGGAGGAGACGUCAAAGGUGGACGUGAAAGUCCUGAGAAGCUUCUUUGAGAACGUCCCCGAGUGGGUGGUGCAUCACAAGACUUGCCAAAUGAAACAGCCCAAGACAGAAAAGCCUGAGCAGAUGAAGGAAGUCAAGGAAGAUGCUGACAGUGUUUCCUCUGUGGAGCUGGCUUUUGAAGAUCUAGAGAGAGCAAGUGCGGAAAUUAUUCACUUAAAGGAGCAGACACUGAGCAGGUUGCUGGACAUUGAAGAUGCCAUCAGGAAAGCCCUCUCUUCCAUUUCUAGCCUGAAAUCUGAAUCAGACAUAGCUGGGCUCUCAGGACUUCUCAAGGAGUCUCUUGAGGAUCCUCAAAGUGCAGCAGCUAGCAACAAUGUCCGUAAGAUCAACAUCAUCUCCAGCAAAGCAAAGCAAGAUAGAGGGAUGCAGAACUCAUCUUGGGGAGGUGAGAAGGCAGCAGAAAAGCAAGAGAUGACCAAGGCAGAGCUAGAGGUUCCCUCCAUCGUUCAGCCACGUGCAUCUUCCCCUUCCUACAUCUCCAUUCAGUCUGCUGCACGGAAGCCUGCAGAAUCACCCAAAAUGGUGCAUUCCGCUUCAUCCCCUGCAGCAAUGGAAAAGGAAACAUCCGCCCAGGACAUAUUUAGCUCAUUGCCACGUAAAUCAGUGAGGUCUGAUGGCUACGACUUGGCUUUCUGUGAAGGUGAGCAAGAUCUCAUUCAGAUGAAGAAAGGGGCAAGUUUAAUUAAGCAACAGCAUCUCAGCACUCCUGAACAUCUCCAGCAUCAACUGAGCAGCAACGCUGAUAAGGGACAGGACGCACCCCAAAGCUUGAUCCAAGGAGGCGUGUCUCCUUCCAAGACUCCGCUGAGUGCUUUCAGCCCAUCAAAUUCAAGGAGGCAGAAAAGCAUACUAGAACUUCAGACCAGCCAUGAUGGGUCAAAGCUCUAUGGAGCUACGAGAACAGUGACCGAGCAGUAUGAAGAGGUAGAUGAGUUUGGAAACAAAAUAAUCACAUCAUCCACUACUGUCACGAAACAGUCAGAGACACAAACCUCCACCACAUGCGGCAUGGUUUCCUGCCCUACCAGAUACGAGGUCACCGCCUCCCCGAUCCUUCGCAGAUACCUGAACAGCCCAGCAGAAGAUUUUCACUCAAAUGGUGGCCACCAGGAAACAGGAGUGGUCUUCGUCACUUUCGGCAACUCCAAACCAGCAAAGAAAUAAUUGUAUUUUCUUGACAGAGGGCAGCAAACCAUGGCUGCGAUCUACAAACUAGUUAACCCAAAGUACUGGGAGUUCCUGGUUUUAACAGAACUGAGUUGACUUCAGUUCAGCAUAUUCAAUAAUUUGCCGUUUGUGGGUUGACCUGGAUGGUUAAUUUUUUUCUUACAUAAUAUGAAGAACUCUAAACUCUGAAAAACUCUUGGAAUACAGUCUUCGUAUUUGUAUACAAGUAUAACAGACACAUUUGAAGACGUGGCCACCAUUUUGCCAUUGCAAUGCCGACCUGUGGGGUCCGAAAUCCAGAUGAACAAAAGCAGAAAGAAAUGAAAAAGCUCCUUUCCAGAGCUUUCUAUAUGUUUUUAGGACUUCUCAUAAAAUUGCCUUACUGUAUCAGACCCAAGUCCAGUGUACUGUCUCCAACUGUGGACAGUCAGAUGCUCAAAAGAGGCCACACAGAUUGGUAUCAAACACAACAGAAGAAACAGUGAACCAAAUAUUUGUGGAUUUAAUCUACUCUUGCUUUUUCAUCUCUUCUUGCCAUCAGCAGAGAUCUCCCCACCUCUCUCUUCUGCUCUCUCACCCAGUCACAUACCCACAGACACCUUAUCUCAUACAGAAAUAUCAAUCAAUGAGGUUGAAAUAGUUUCUCUUUUAGCUUUCAACCCACCACCUGCUACUUUAUUGUGCUUCCAUCAGGGAGGAGAUAUUUAGCGCGACCCAUAUUUAGUAAAGGCCACAUACUGUGUAAAUACAUCCACAUUUUAUGGAUUCCUGGCAUUGCCUUUCCACCUAAGGAAAAAGUGGAUAAAUAUUCUAGUUAAGACAGGGAUAGUUUUUAGACCUCUUGAUGGGUAUUGCUUUUCUUUCUUUUAGAACUGUAAUUUAUUAUUCAUUGUUAACAAAUAUUUUAUUAGAGAUUCCUUGCUUUCUUACAUGUUGUGCUUAAAUCAAUUAUGAAACCAUGUAAAGCAAUUUUAUUAUGAACUUUUGUACAUUCUCAAGUGUAGAUUUUUAGAUAUUUUUUGUGGUUUGUUGUUUUUUAAAAAUUUGCAUUCUGGAGGUAAAUUUGACUUUGAAAAAUA